CCAAUAUUGACAGAAAGUCGUGUAAAUCUAACCUAAAAAAGCGACUAACCCGACAUUAUUAAUUACGCAACGAAUUUUUACUAAAAAAAGCCGGAAAUGAGUGAAGAAAAGAAAGUGGAAGAAGUUAAAAAAAGCACCGAUGAAGAAUUAGCCGAUCUUUUAGAUAGUGCCUUAGAAGACUUUUCGGAUAAAAAAGACGAAAAAGAAUCCCAAAAGCCGGCUGAGGAUGAUAAAAAAGAUGAAUCCCCAGAGGUCGAUUUAGAUGACAUCCAAUGGUCUGAGGAAUUUUUACGACAAGCCACCCAACAAUUUCAAACAGAUAUUUCACGAAUGUGCGGAAACAUCGACCCUAACGUUAAUUUAAGUCCCGAUCAGAUCCAAGAAAGUUUACAAAAAAUGGCGGAGGCUGCUCAAAGCGUUUUAUCAAAUCCAGCCCCCCCAAACGAAACCUCAACUGAUUUUUCUGCUGCAAUUACACAAACUUUACGAGGGUUAAGUGAAGGAACGGAAAACUUAGAAAAUCCAUUUUCCGAUCAAGAUUUAUUAAAUAUGUUUACUGGAGGAAGUGGUGCCGGUAGUGAGCAAAAUAGUUUUAUUCCGUUCAUGCAAGGAAUGAUGCAAAGUUUGUUAAGUAAAGAGGUUCUUUAUCCGAGUUUAAAAGACAUCAUGGAAAAAUAUCCGGGAUGGUUACAAUCGAACGCUUCAACUUUAGCCCAAGAGGACCGUUUAAGAUUCGAAAAUCAACAAAGAUUAAUGGAAGAUAUUUGCAAAGAAUUAGAGGCGGAAACUGAAACCGAUAGUGCAGAAAUAAAGAAGGAACGUUUCGAAAAAGUGUUAUCAAUGAUGCAAAAAUUACAAGAUUACGGACAACCCCCAGCGGAACUUUUGGGCGACGUCGGACCAGGAUUUCAAUUCGACCAAUUGGGAAACCCAAAUAUGGAGCAGUGUUCGGUGAUGUGAUGGUGUCCGGGUUAGUUUUUCUGGUAGUAAAAAAAAAAUAUUUAAUUAUUUAAAUUCCAAGGAUGAGAUUUUUAAAUGGCUUUUUUUGUUAGAAUUGAAAAUAAAAAGAUAAUCUUGUAAAUAUCUUAAGCGAAAAUAAGGUUUAAUUUGUUGGUUACGUUAUAAUUUUGUUUUAAAUAAAAACGGAUUAAAAAAAA